AGAGCUUCUAAUCUUCUCAUCAUCAGCAUCAACAUCUUCACUUCACAACAUCUUCUCAACCUUCCAACUCACCUUCCAAACCACCUUCAAAACCAACUCCCAGCUUCUUUCAGCAAACCCCCAACCGCCAAAAUGCAGUUCACCAGCGUCUUCACCAUCCUCGCCAUUGCCAUGACCGCCGCUGCGGCCCCGGCUGAGGUUGUUCCCCGCGCCACCACCAUCGGCCCCAACACCUGCUCCAUCGACGACUACAAGCCUUACUGCUGCCAGUCUAUGUCCGGCCCCGCCGGCUCCCCUGGUCUCCUCAACCUCAUCCCCGUCGACCUCAGCGCCUCGCUCGGCUGCGUUGUCGGUGUCAUCGGCUCCCAAUGUGGUGCCAGCGUCAAGUGCUGCAAGGACGAUGUUACCAACACCGGCAACUCUUUCCUCAUCAUCAACGCCGCCAACUGCGUUGCCUAAGUCUUUACGCGGCAACAGCGCAAAGUCUAGGCAAUGCCUUCUUAAUGCUGCUGCCAGUCCAGCACCCCCCUUCUGCUGCAAGGAGCCCCUUCUGCUGGACUGGCAGCACAACGAGCUGCUACACAAGCAUGUCUGGACGCAACAGAAGCCGAUAAUCUUGGGAUUUGGUUUUGGGGGAUGAAGGUGAUGAGUUGAUGGAUUGGAUCGAUAUCUUACAAUGCGUGUCUCUUCCUGUUAAGAUCUGCUUUACUAUUUUCCUUUUUUUACACAUAGCUAUGUAUCACUAAGGCCUGGUGAUUAAUACACUCUCUUAACCCUAAAA